AACUAUUGAUGAAUACAUGAUCUGUACUGCAGAUGAAGGUUUUCUAGAUGACCAGGGCAACGUGAAAGUGAGAGAAAGUCCCUUUUUGACUGGAUGCAGUAAGGAAAAAAGAGGUCCAACAUUUCUCGACUACGAAGAAUCAUAUCAAGAAGUGGUAAUUGAUUCUACGAGAAAGAAGUUGUCAGAUUCAUUUAAUGGAACAGUUAGAAAUAAAACUGUUACUAAACUUAGACGGAGACGUAUCCCUCGUCGGCGCACUCGAAGACAAUAUGGAAUUUGUCAGAAUGACCAUGGAGGACCUUUGACGACUUGGGUCGGAAACAGUGAGAUCCUCGUGGGUGUUGCUACAAUGUUCAGAGUAAACAGAUCAUCAUGGAAUGCAUGCAUUGGACCUCAUUUGUUUACAAGUACACUUUGCAACGGUGAAUUUAUUGAUUGUACUUUGUCUAAUAAAACUUCAAGACGUUCUGUCUGCGAUGCUCCUGCAAUAAUGAGAGGUUACCAUGUCAUUGAAAAUUACGUACACUGGACAACAGACCGAGAAAGUGAUGAUGAAAAUGAUACACAUACGGUUAUUGAACAAUUUGUCGAUGGAGUUAAAACACCGUACAAACCUCUGGAACCAACGUUGUUACCUGUACUUGAUCUGUAUCAUGAAAAUAGUUCGGAUACCCUACCUGCUAUUUAAUU